ACUUAUUUGAGCGAACAAAAUCAGCUGUUCUUCAGUCACAACAAGUUGCAUUUAUUAAGAAGAACUAACAAUAUAAACAAUGGCUGGUUUGCAUCAGCUUACUGUGGAUGUAAGCUGUAUAAAAAAUGAGAAUAAGGAGCACGUUGAAGAGAAGGAGCAGUGCGACAGCCACAAAAUGAGUGUUAUAAAAACAGAGCCUGCGGAGGAAACAACAACAGACAAACUGUGGACAGAAAUUGACAUUGGACCCAUAAAACUAGAGGAAAAUUUGUACAAUAUAGAAAAGGAAGUGGAAGUGGAGACUUUUGAUAAGGAAAGUGCAUGCAAAUUGCCUGAGGAGGCAUCUGGAAAGUCCGGUAAAUCUCAAAAUCGACGUGAAAUUGUGCGAAACUUUCAUCAACGCAUUUUGCAACUGGAUAAGCAUCAAAGCCAUCCUUGGAGUUACCAAACAAAAAGCAUUUCGAAUGCCCAGCACAUGCGGGAGCUGCGACAGCGUCUCAUGAACUUGGAGAAGUCAGCAGGCAACUCUUCUAGUGAUUCUAAUGAUUGUGGCACGCCAAGCAGUCAACUGAGACGUGAGCUUGAGCAGCGUCUCAUGGAUGUGGACUCAUUUCAUAGAGCUAAAAAGCUUACUAAUCGUCAAAGAGUUGCUGCCAAGCUGCCUUCAGAAACAGAAGCUGCUCAGCGGAUGCGGAGGCUGCGACAACGUCGUCGAGAUCUUCAGUCUGCUCACAGUAAUUGUAAUAGUCCAACAAUUCCUCUCGAAUUAAGUGCAAAUCGAAUGGAAGAGUUUCGACAGCGUCUCUUGAAGACAACAAUUGUUGCAGCCACGGCUAAAACACAAAAACAAUUACGAAACUUGACACACAAGAAAUCCAUUGGAGAUAAAAAACUUUCAAAGCCUGCCACGUGACAAGAUCAUUAAAAAGAGAUAUUUUAUAUUUUAUGCUUAAGCUUUUAUAGACAUUAUUUUCUUAAUUUCAUUUCUAUAAAUUGUUAAGUUCUGACAGCUUAUGAUUAGAAGCAGAUGUAAUUUUUAAAUUAAUUUAAUCUUAUGUUACCUGAUUUAUUUAUUUGAGA